UUUCAGUGGAAUGGUGAUCAUGAGUUGCUCUCUUCAGCUUGUCAACCAAACCACCGCAGCAUGAAUCCAUGUCCGGUCUAUGAGAGAGAUUCCAAGACCCUCUUUCUGUUUUUCAUCACUGUUCCUGUUGGGGUUUCUGAACACAAACAAAUACAUAAAAAUAAGAAUCAGGCACGACUUUGUUACAUAACCAGUAAGGACACUGGCAAAACCUGGAGCCAUAUUACAGAUUUGACAGCAGAUGUGAUCGGUGAGCAGGUGAAGGACUGGGCCACCUUUGCUGUUGGACCAGGACAUGGUGUUCAAAUGAAGAGCGGGAGACUGAUUAUCCCAGCCUAUGUAUAUCCUUGCCACUCACUCAACUGUAAGCCCACAUCACAUGCAUUCGCAUUCUACAGUGAUGAUAAAGGAACCACUUGGCAAGCAGGAAAACGUAUGGAUGGUGAGUCUUGUGAGUGUCAGAUGGCUGAGAUCAUAGACGACAAAGGUAACAGUACACUGUACUGCAAUGCUCAAAGUACAUCUGGCUACAGAUUUGAGGCUCUAAGUGAGAGUAACGGAGAAGCUUUUGAAAAGCCUUCAUCUGCACAUAAGCUGACGGAGACCGGACAUGGUUGCCAAGGAAGUGUGUUUAGUUUUGCCCCUGAUCAAGCGCCUGAAAAAACAUGGCUACUCUAUUGCCAUCCAACCAAUCCAAGCAAGAGAACGUGCCUUGGUGUCUACUUGAAUAAAACCCCGUGGGAUGCCUCUGGAUGGGAGGAUUGUAAAUUAAUCAUCCAUGAUGGUCCAAGUGGAUACUCAGAUCUGGCUCAGUGUGGGGAUGGAAAACACUUUGCCUGUCUCAUGGAAUGUGGAGAGAGAAAUGAGGUUGAAGGGAUAGCCUUUGUCCUUUUUAAACUCAGCAACAUCAUUUAGACUAAGCGCGCUGAAUGAGACUGGAGAAAAAAAAAAAGUCAUUUUCUUUUAGUUUGCAAAUGAUUAAAUUACUAAUUUAAAAAUAUGAAGAUCAUAUGCAUUGCAGUUCAAAAGCUCAGUAGGAUUUUUUAAAAGGUAUUAUGGUUUCCACAAGAAUAUUAAGCAGAACAACUGUUUUCAACAUUGCUAAUAAUAAUAAAUGUUACACUGAAGACUGCUAUAGCUGAUGAAAAAUCAGCUUUGCCUUCACAGGAAUAAAUUACAUUUUAAAAUAUUAAAAUGGAGAACAGUUAUUUUAAGUUGUAAUAA